AUGACCGCGCCGAAAGUGGGUCGCUUACAAGGCGAGCUACACAGGGCUCACGUGCGUGAAAAGGGCAAUGUGCGAAGUCACCUGCACAAGCUUUUUGAUAUUAGAAAUCAACUUGCGGAUUUAAGCUCACACGUGAAUGACUUGCAGAUGGUGGAUCGAAUGCUGCGAAGUCUUCCAGCACUAACGCGCUAUGAUGAACUACGACGCAAAGUCUUAUUGAGCUCUGAUAUGACGAAGUACACACCAGAGCUACUUCGAGAGAUAAUCAUUACUGCUGAAUCAAGAAAUGAAGACUUGGACGGUAAUAUUUUCGGCUUGUAG